AUGGCGUUCCAGUACGAUCCAAACCAGCAGGGCCAGUUUCCCCAGGAAAACAACGGCCAGGCCAUGCAACAACAGGGCCCACCACCUCCUCAAGGCCUCCCCCAACAAGCGCAGCAGCCCCUCCAGCAACAGCCCGGGCAAGACGGCAGCUCUCCAGCUCCUUUCGCUCAACAAGGCGGCGUUGAUGGUUCUGGUGAAGCUGAUGCAAAGACAACUCUCUGCAUCAUGAACUUCACUUAUCCCGCAUCGCUUCUACUCUGCUAUUUUCUUAUGGUGCCAUUUUCCAUCUGUGGAAUUCGCCGUUGCUGUGGGGAGUAA